AUGCUCAAGUGUUGGCGAUUUAGGGCCAACCGCGCGGCAGCUCGUUGUCAAAGCUCCAAGGUUUCUGCCAACGUCAGUGCCCAAAAAAGCAACGCCAGCUCGAUCCCAUCUCGAGAGCAGUCCUUUGCUCACGAGCGAACGGGCCACUUCGUCCAGCAGAAGCCAGUCCUGACGAAUCCAUACGAAGGAAAUGAACUGAUUCAGGACUACAUCUUGAGACAUUGCCCUCCGGAGCAUUUUGAGCGGGUGAAUUCCGACUUGAGCAAGUGUGGAGAGCGAAUCGUCAACGAAGUCGAUGCUCUCGGCGAUGAGUGCGAACGAGUCCAGCCUUACUUGAAAAGAACAGACGGCUGGGGCGAGCGUAUCGACGAAAUCGUCGUGUCUCCAGCCUGGUACGAGCAGCACCGUGUCUCUGCCGAAGAAGGCCUCAUCGCAAUCGGAUAUGAAAAUGAAUCUGGAUCUUUUUCGCGAGUUCAUCAGAUGGCGAAGAAUAUGCUCACCGGCGCUAGUUCCGGCCUCUAUAAUUGUCCCUUGGCAAUGACGGACGGGGCGGCAAUGAUCUCUAAAUCACAACGAGGCAACCACGAUUUCCUAGAAGAAGCGUAUCAAAAUCUGACUUCUCGCGAUGGGGCGCAAUUUUGGACUUCUGGUCAAUGGAUGACUGAGAAAGCCGGUGGUUCUGAUGUCGGUGAUGCUACCCAUACGGAGGCAAGAAUAAUUGACGACAAGAAUGACAAGGUAACGGAAGGAUCCCGGGGGCUGUCAAUGUUUUACUUGAAAAUACGCGACGCGGGCGGCAAGCUCAACGGAAUCCAGGUCCACAAGCUGAAAGAAAAACUUGGGACAAAGCAACUGCCCACAGCAGAGUUGAUUCUGGACGGAUGCGAGGCGCAUCUCGUCGGCGAGCCGGGUCGAGGAAUCCCGCUCAUUAGCGGAAUGCUGACCGUAACAAGAAUUCACAAUGCUGUCGCCGCGUGCUCGUUUAUGCGACGAAUGGUGCACCUAGCGCGAGACUACGCAACUAAGCGAACGGCAUUCAAGAAAACGCUCUCGAAUCACGCAGCGCAUGUGUCAACCCUAGCAAGAAUGGAGGUCGAUGUAAGAGCAGCAGAACUCCUUUCACUCGAAGUCUCGCGGCUAUUUGGAAAGAGCGAGAACGGACAAGCGUCCAAAACCGAACAGGACUUGAUGCGAAUCCUUACUCCUCUUGCGAAAGCACAAACAGCCAAACAAGGCAUGGUGGUUUGCUCUGAAGGCUUAGAGUGCUUCGGCGGCCAGGGAUACAUCGAAGAAACGCCCAUGCCGAGACUGUUUCGCGACGCGCAAGUUCUUCCAAUUUGGGAGGGCACUUCUACCGUCAUGUCGCUUGAUGUUCUCAGAAGUAUUCAGAAGUCAUCUGGCUCUUCUCUUCAGUCCUUGCUUGGCGACAUCCAGAAGAAGCUCUCUGCCAGCGCAGAUUCAGAAGCUCUUUCUCCAUCCCGAAAUAAAAUCGCCACCGCUGUAAAAGAUAUUCUCCGAUUCCUCAAGCGCGUUGAAACUGAGUCGAUGGAGUUCCAGCUCAAAUCAGCAAGGGACUUUGCGUUUUCUUUGGCGAAGCUGUAUCAAGCCACGCUUCUUCUGGACCACGCCGCCUUUACAAGAAAGGAAUCUGACAUUUACGCGGCGAAUUUAUUCGCUAAAAACCGUCUCAAUGAUCUCAUCUAUGAUUACGACCAAGCUUCGAUCAAGAAUGAAUUCGACCUCGUUUUUGCUAAUUACCAGAACUAG